AUGUCUUAUGACUAUAGUGAGAAUGAUGUAGUAAACAGAUUUUCGUCCAUGGGUAUCCAUUCUCAGGAGUCAGGUGGUGGUUCAAAACUCUAUGUACCUCCUCAUUUGCGAAAUCAGGGAGCAUCGAACGGCAUUGUAGAUUCUGCAAAUGGCUACAGCCAAUUUACUCGUCCUCCUCGGGGUGCAAGUGGUGAUACCUUUCGCGGACGAACUGGUCGCGGUUCUUAUAGUAACAGAGGGUCAAAAACCGGAAAUGAUUGGCAACAACCAGACUCACGCUGGCAGAGCUUCAACGGAAAUUAUCAGCCACGGGGUGGUAUUCCAAACUUCGGCUCAAAUGUUCCUAGACGUAAUUGGAACUCACCAAGUGAGGAUUGGUCUCAACAGUUGCCACGAAAUGAACGAACGGAACAGGAGUUGUUUAAGAAUGUGAGCGCAGGCAUAAAUUUUAACCAAUAUGACAACAUUCCUGUGACUGCAACAGGUCCAAAUUAUGACGAUACUGCCUCGACUAUAUCUUCGUUUACCGAGCUUUCCCUGCAUCAAAUAAUUCGAGACAACGUUGACAUGGCCCAUUAUGAACGUCCCACACCAGUGCAAAAGCAUGCCAUACCAAUCAUUGCAUCAGGUCGAGAUUUAAUGGCGUGCGCACAAACUGGUUCGGGAAAGACUGCGGCGUUCCUUAUUCCAAUUUUAAAUAAUAUGAUAAAGCAGGGUCCUGGUGAUUCUAUUUGUGCCACUAUUGAUAGCAACCGGAGAAAACAGUUUCCUGUAGCGCUUAUUCUAGCGCCAACACGCGAGUUGGCUUCACAAAUUUUUGAUGAUGCUCGAAAGUUCGCGUACAGAUCCUCAAUCAGACCGUGUGUUCUGUACGGUGGUGCUGAUAUGAGAACGCAGUUGAUGGAACUAUCAAAAGGUUGCAAUUUGUUGGUUGCUACUCCUGGUCGACUAAGUGAUGUUUUAGAGCGAGGCCGGAUCGGCCUAGACUACUGCCGAUUCCUUGUUUUAGAUGAGGCUGAUCGUAUGCUGGAUAUGGGAUUUGAGCCACAGAUUCGUCGCAUUGUUGAACAAGAUGCACUUCCGCCUGCUGGUGAGCGGCAGACACUCAUGUUUUCGGCAACUUUCCCCAAUGAAAUCCAGGCUUUGGCUAAAGAUUUCUUGAACAGCUACAUUUUCCUGACUGUUGGACGUGUUGGAAGUACCAGCGAAAAUAUAACUCAGACAAUACUUUGGGUUGAGGAAAAUGCCAAACGAGACGCUCUAAUUGACCUGCUUGCCAACUCAGAUACAGGCACAUUGACAUUGGUCUUCGUCGAGACUAAACGGGGUGCGGAUGCUCUCGAAAACUAUUUGUACUCCCAGAAGUUUCAGGUUGCUAGUAUACACGGCGAUCGGACCCAAGAAGACAGAGAAUUAGCGCUGUCCUGCUUUCGUACGGGCCGGACACCGGUACUUGUUGCGACGGCGGUUGCAGCACGUGGUUUGGAUAUCCCAAAUGUGAAGCACGUCAUCAAUUAUGACUUGCCAUCAGAUAUUGAAGAGUAUGUGCAUCGUAUUGGUCGAACUGGUCGUGUUGGUAAUCUUGGACUUGCCACUUCGUUCUUCAACGAUAAAAAUCGUAAUUUGGCUCGUGGCUUGGUUGAGUUGCUUGAAGAAGCUAAUCAGGCUGUCCCACCAUGGCUGAAAGCGUUCACUAAUGAUGGUAGACCGGCAAACCUCCAACGCCCUAGGAACAAUCGCCGGGGCGGUUUCGGAGCUCGUGACUAUCGACAAUCUAAUUCACGUGGUGGAAAUGGUUCUAUUCGCCCCUCUGGACCUACAUCUAGAGACUAUGGAUUACUCCGAGAUGGUGGCUAUUACGACUCUCAACCUAACCCCAUGGCACAAGGUUCUACGGACUGGUGGGGCAACUAA